UGCUUGGGGAAGGUCUCAUCGAUCUUGGCCUUCAUCUUGUCAAACUGCUCAGUGAACCAGGUCCUGGAGAUGGGGAGACAGACACACAGUUCCUAGGGUUGUUGGAUUACAAAGGAAAACCCAGCCGUGAGCUGCCCAGUGACUCGAUCUUACCAGACCAGCUAAAUUCCUUCUACGCCUGCUUCAAGGCAAGCAACGCUGAAACAUGCAUAAGAGCACCAGCUGUUCAGGAUGACUGUGAGAUCUCGCUCUCCACAGCCAAUUGAGAAACGCAAAUAUGAAAGUGUUGGCGGUGCUUGCAAUUGCUAUACUCUCUGGUUGCCAUGCUAACCUAUUCUAUGCCGAUGAGCCCAAGCCACAGCUGGAGCAGCUGACAGAUGCCUUCUGGGACUACGUCGCCAAGGCAACAAAAACUGCCGAUGACACCGUCCAGAUGAUCAGGAAGUCUCAGUUGGGACAGGAUGUCAAUGACCGCAUCACAGAGAGCGCUGACGUGGCCAGCCAAUACGCAGUCUCCCUUCAGGAGCAGCUUCCUCCUGCAGCCAAGGACCUGAUGACCAAGAUUACCCAGGAGGCUGAGGUGCUGAGAGAGCGUCUGGAGCAAGACCUGGGCAGCGUCAAGGGGAAACUGGAGCCCUACGCAGAGGAGAUGAAGACCCAAGUCCAGCAGAGAGUGGAGCAGCUGAAACAGGAUCUGGCUCCCUAUGCAGAGUCCCUGGACUCCGAGACCCUGAGGGCCACCCUGCUCCAGAAGAGUGAGGAGCUGAAGGGGAGUCUGGAGCAGAGUGUGAAGGAGCUGCAGUCCCAGCUGGGUCCCUACACGGAUGAGCUGAAGCAGAAAGUGGACCUGCGCCUGCAGGACUUCCAGAAGAGAGUGGCCCCCCUGGCCGAGAACCUCCAGAGCGAGCUGACCACCAGAGCUCAGAUGGUGCAGCAGAGCCUGGCCCCCUAUGCUGAGGACCUGAAGGACAAGCUGGACCCCUACGCCCAGGACCUGAAGGCCCAGCUUACAGCCCUCUACCAGGCCUUCACCAACACCAACUAAAUGGCCCAAACCUACACCACUUCUUGAUCCGCUGAAACGUUUUGAUUGAUUCUGUCAUACCCUGAACUGCACUGUAAAACAUGGAAACUAAACUGGGCAUAUACCCAGAGCAUCAUAUUUAUUAUUAUUUAGUGCAGGGCGAAAAAUGUAAACCAAACAUUCACACUCAAAUAUUUAUAUGUGUUUGUUUUACCUUGUUGAAUAAUGUCAACUUUUUAUAAUUUCAUAAAUUUUUAAAGAAAAAUAAAGGUAUUGAAAUUAUGAACAUA